UCCUUCUCUCUCUCUCUCCUCCUAUCUCCCUCUCUCUCACUUCCUCUCUCUCUCUCUCCCUCUCUCUCUCUCUGGUUUAUUUCAGUCCCAGCAGCAGCCCGGCAGCGCUGUCACUUCACGAGAUUCAAUUAUGUGCGGGGCUGGCGUGCAUUAGAGUGUGCUGCCACGGCUCAGGGCAGAAUCCAGGCCCUCAUCCAGAGCGGAGGACCUCAAAGGGCUUGAGUGUCGACAGGCAGACCUGUCCACGGAAGCAGUCGCCUGGGAGGAGAUCCUCCCUGUCCUCCCCCGUGCCCGCCAAGGGCUCGCCUCUACAGCAGGAUCAAACACACAGGCCCACAGCCAGACAGCCAGUCAAUCAAAUAGGCUUUAGAGCCGGAGUGCUGGAGGGUAUAGGGCACGGGGAGAUGGGAGAGGGGCGAGGGGGGGAUGUACCGUGCCUAUAGUAUACAGCGGGUGUUGUUACGAGCUUGUUUGUCUGUUCCAUGGCAAGAUAUAAUGUCCUCACAGCAAAGCGGCCUGACAUGCAGCUAACGCGUGCUGCAAACUGCUGCAGCAGCAAAACAGCUAAAAGGGAGAAAUGUGCUGUACUAAGUCAGAAAUCUCUUGACAAAUGACAGCUAGGUCUCAGGUCCCUCAGAAGACAUAGACGUGCAGGACCUGUUUGUUUCUCUCGCUUAUCUUUGCUUCUCCUGAUGAUUUCUACUCAGAUGGAGGAAGACAUCACCUCUCAAAUGAUACAAAUAACAAUACAUACAACACAUAACAUUCUUAUUACUGCAAUUUUACAUUUUACACUUAUUUGGGGAAACUGAUCAAUAUAUCUGCUGCUAAUAGCCUAAUCAUAAUGUGAGCUUUCCUAUUGCAUUUCCGAAGAUCACGGUUAAUUGUUGCGUGAGUCGUUUAUGAUUGAACCUAUGAUACAAAGUCCAAGGUUUUGGUAGGUUAACCUUAACUCUUGUCUGUUAUGAGAAGUUGUUUUCUCUUAGAUUCAAAGAGCAGAGAGAGAGACGUCUCGGAAACAUAGAGAAAAUGCAAGAGACAGCUGAGAGGAAAGGAAGGCUGACUCUGGUCUUGGCAUUGGCAACACUCGUCUCCACUUUUGGCUCCUCUUUCCAAUAUGGUUACAAUGUUGCAGUGGUCAACUCUCCGUCCGAAUACAUGCAGGUCUUCUACAGGAUUGCAUAUCAAACUCGCUAUGGAAAUGCAAUGGAUGAUAGCCUUGUGACACUUCUGUGGUCACUCACUGUCUCUAUGUACCCUCUUGGAGGGUUCUUUGGAUCUCUCAUGGUAGGCCCUUUGGUCAACAAAUUAGGAAGAAAAGGAACCCUCCUCUUCAACAAUAUCUUCUCCAUUGUCCCAGCUAUAAUGAUGGGGGUGAGUGAGUUGGCCAGAUCCUACGAGAUGAUCAUUAUCGCUCGCUUUGUAGUGGGAAUCUGUGCAGGCAUCUCUUCCAAUGUGGUGCCCAUGUACUUGGGGGAACUCUCUCCAAAAAACCUCAGGGGUGCCAUUGGCAUAGUACCCCAGCUCUUCAUCACCAUUGGCAUCCUUACUGCCCAAGUCUUUGGCAUAAGGUCCAUCUUGGGCAACCUAGAAGGCUGGCCCAUCAUGUUGGCCCUCACUGGGGUCCCAGCGGUGUUGGAGCUGCUGCUGCUGCCCUUCUUCCCAGAGAGCCCGCGCUACCUGCUCAUCCAGAAAGGAGACGAGGAUGCGGCCAGGAAAGCACUGCAGCUGGUGCGAGGCUGGGAUGACGUGGACGAGGAACUGAUGGAGAUGCACUUGGAGGACCAGUCAGAGAAAGCGGAGGGGCGUCUGUCCGUCCUCAACCUCCUUUCCUUCCACUCGCUGCGCUGGCAGCUCAUCUCCGUCAUCGCCAUGAACAUGGGCCAGCAGCUGUCCGGAGUCAAUGCGAUUUACUAUUACGCAGACAGCAUCUUCCUGUCUGCUGGUGUGAAGUUAAACGACAUCCAGUAUGUGACGGUGGGCACAGGAAGUGUUAACGUCUUCAUGACUAUUGCUGCGGUGUUCAUUGUGGAGGCCUCGGGUAGGAGGAUACUGCUUCUCCUUGGCUUCGCAAUUUGCUGUGCUGCAUGCUUUGUCCUGACCAUCGCACUCAACUUUCAGGACAGUGUGAACUGGAUGCCGUAUGUCAGCAUCGCGUGUGUAAUCAUCUACGUCAUUGGUCAUGCCAUCGGACCAAGCCCCAUCCCAUAUGUCAUCACCACGGAGAUCUUUCGGCAGUCAUCCAGACCUGCUGCGUUCAUGGUCGCCGGCUCUGUUCACUGGCUCUCCAACUUCACCGUGGGCCUUGUCUUCCCCUAUCUCGAGAAGGGACUGGGCCAGUUCAGCUUCGUCAUCUUUGGGGUGAUCUGUCUCUUCACGCUGAUCUACAUCUGGGUCCUUAUUCCUGAGACCAAGAACAAAACCUUCCUGGAGAUCAGCCAGCUGUUUGCUAAGAGGAACAAGGUGAAGAUCAUGGUGGAGGAAACAGAGAGCAAAACUAAAGACCAGGAUGGAGAGCACUGCCAGGAGGAGGAGGUGAAGGUCACAUCAUUCUGAGAGGCACUGAGCUUUGAAGGACCUUAGUCUGUCAUCUGGCUAUGAGAUGGAGGAAUCUGAUGGGCAUUAAAUCAGUAUUUAUUUCUAUUUUGUUUGUUUUGUUUUGUUUUGUUUGCAUCUCUGUGCAGAUCAUAUUGCAUUAUGGCUGGUCAAGGCAAAUACACUAAAAUGCACCCAUAAGUACCUUUGAAAAGUGUAUACAAACAAACCUACUAGUGCGGAUAUUCUGCACUAUUGAAUGUCCCUGUUAUGACCCCCUGUGCCCUCUUCAGGCCUGGCAUAGCCAGUAAACCAACAGUGCUGGCCUGGCUCAACGAGGUUAGGCACAUUUCUGUUUUUGAAAGCACUUUGGCUGAUUGCUCUCCCACAAACACCUUCUCUCUUUAACCUUUACUCAUCUUUCUCAACGUCAUACUGAUGCUUACAUUACAUUACAUUAGUCGGUAUGUAUUGGUAGAGGACCCAUCAUGAGUGUAGAGGGGGGUGAGUCUGGGAUGCUAAUUCAGUGAAACGCCUACCUGCUUGAUAACCCAAGUGAAAUGCUCUUGAAGGCUGUUCUGUUGAUGUUGUUUUUGUUAGUGAUUUGUAAUUUGUUAGUGAUUUUGGUUAUACCUAUUUUACCUAUAGCACAAGGAAUUUAACAUAUCUCCUGUAUAUAUUUGAAAUUACAUCCACCCACUUACAUAGGCUACAUUCUUUUUGACUGCUUAUUUUAAUAUUUCUAAUUACUUUUAAAUUAAUAUUUUUGCCUCCCUCUUUUAUGCGCAGUUCCGAGCUAGCCAUUGCAGUCUCCCAUUUAUUCUUACUUCAUUUAUAGUAAGCAGCUGGCAGAUGUGACCUGUUAAAUCAUCAAUCUCUGAAUCAAGCACCAAACCAAAUUUUGCAAGUAUUGGUUUAUUGAGGACACACAGAUAUGAAUUAGGCCAACCAUGUCCAUAAAAAUGUGGGCCAGUGAAUAAAAAACAACCAAUCAAUAUUGCUUUAUCAGGCAUUAUGACAAGGCAUGCAACCAUUUGUUU